AUGACCGCUCAACUCCAGCACCACCGCCCAACGGUCGGUCGAAAGCCGCGCACAUUCGAGGAGAGUCUUGCCCAUGCCGCGCCUCCGCGUGACUUGACAUGUGCAGUUAAGACAGACCCAGCAUUUGUACCGAAACCGUCUACACGCGUAUUCUGCCAGGCAUUCAUGCGAGGCCUUUGCCCAAAUGGUCCCGCCUGCUAUCUCGUGCAUCCUCCUGUUGACAACAUAGUUGCUGCUAUUGAUGAGCUUCAACGACAUGAUUACCUGCAGGGCAGUGUCAACAAAUAUUGGUGCGAAAGGGGAGCAAUGAAGGAUGCCCACCCGAGAACUCAAACAUCUCGCCAGAUCUGUAUCAGAUUCUUGAGCGAUCGCUGUACAUAUGGAAAUGAUUGUGUACAUGCACAUUUUCUACCUUGGAUUCUGCGCGGGAUCGUCGAGCCAGACCAUUCGCCAUUUGUGAUGCGCUCGAACAAGGGAAAAUCCAAGGCAGUUGCGCUGGACGCGCCGACUUCAGUAACCACGACACUUCAAGCGCCCAUUAUUGCUCAAUCUGAUCAGGAAACGGGUGGUAUCAUGUACGAAACCCCGCUCACCGUGGCGAGCAAACCAGAUGACCCACCUUUAUCUUCCCCGAUGCCUUCAACUUACGAGGACAGCUCCGAGACCUCGUCAGAGCUCUCCAGUAACGACAUGUCCGAUGAAGAAUCGUUUCAUACCGGACAUAGCCCAGGCUCGGAAGCCACACCCUCGUUGCCUGAAGACGCACCCAGACUUUCACUACCAAUAUCGAAGACGGUCACUCCGCUCUGUUUUGACUUCUAUCGUACAGGAAUUUGUCGUUUUCAACGUGGACGAUGUCGGUAUCGGCAUGAACGCCCAUCCGUUCUUACUGUCACUCCUGCCGCUGCUGCCACUGCGGCGGUCUCGAGACCUCAACCGCUACCAGACAGUCUCUCGCCACCGUCACCCACACCGAUGAUUCCUCCCGAGUCUUUUCCUCCUUUAUUCGUUCAAUCUGUCCUAUCGCCUUCUUCACUUCCUGCCCUCCGAAACGCAAAUAAUCCACCAACCCUAGACACAGGCCAACCAGAGCCUGACCCCAACCUUUGUCAACGCUCCAUCCUUCUUCGGACCAUCAACUACUCGGACUCUGGCGCAAAAGCAUCAGCAUCUGAUAUACCUCCCGAUGUCUGCCCAAACUGGUAUCGUCACGGCGCCUGUAGGACGCAUUGUUGCAAGUUUGUGCACUCGUUGCCUGAAGUUGACACGCGCAUACACGUGCGAUUACCUACCACGCAAAGGCCUACUCGUUCAUCUUAUGAGACUUCGCUAUCGGAACGGUGGCGACUUAUGAACACCGACGGGUCAGCUCGUGCAUCUUGCGAUUCGUCUCGACCCAUGGCUCUUCCCUCGCCUCUUCCCUCGCCUAUUCCCUCGGAAGUAAAUGCACAGCGCACUCCAGUUACUCUUCAUAUUCAGCAAUCGGGCAUUGUUAGCGACCGCAAGCCCCCUUCGGGUGUCUGCUAUUACUGGUUCAACGAUCGUGCAUGUCCGCACCGACAUCCAUGUCAGUUCCGCCAUGACCUACCCGCAAAUGCAAUACGCAUGCCCGGACAGCGCGACCAGAUUGUGCCGCCCGUCACUCUUGGAGUCAAUCCUCAGCAUGUGGUUCAGACCAACCGCGCGAUGCUCCCAUUUAUGCCGCCCGUGAUUAACGGUGCCAAGCAAGGUCAUUCACCCUCUGCAAGAACCCUCGUCAAAUCCGAUCAAUCACGUGCUGCUCCAUCUACUUCUGCGCGGCAGCCUCAGGCUCAGCUUCAAACACGACCUCAGCUGCAAAGUCGCGUCACACUUGCAGAGUCCUCGAGCUCUGUCCAGCACCCGGCGACGGCUUCUCAUUCUCGUGUAUCUCAGUGUGGCGUCACGUCGAGCAUCGCCCCAUCGGCGCCCCCAGGCCUCCCCGAGCUAAAGCCUUCUGUUGAGGAGGAGUACUGUAAGGAGGGCCUCUUCACGCCCGAACAGGCAGCGCCCACCAAUACACAUGUUUCAUCAACUACCGAUCGAUUCAUGCGUGAUAAUGCUUCGCUCGCGAUUCUGAAAAAGUCGCAGGGUUCCAGACCUCGCGGGCCGUCUUACCCUCCCGAGAUGUCACACGUUAUGCACGACCACAUCAAGAUCACGCUAGGUCCCGGCUUCAUAGUGCCGACUGUCACGACGCAGAAUGAGACGCGUUCGUUGAUCAUAGGGAACCUACCUCGUGCGACUGCGAAGGAACCCCUCACGCACCUCAUUGAAAGCUUCGGUGGCACAGUCUCUGAUCUCACUAUGCCUGACCCAGUCAGUAGCGGGGAAGAAGGGCCCGUCGCCGUGCGAGUCCAGAUGAGCUCUCAUCUCGAGGCGGUCGCUGUCGCCAAUGGACUCGACGGCAUGAAAGCUCUGCGCAGUGAAGGGGCUCUCUCUGUGCGCCCUACUUUGCAUCGCGCGGCGGUCAAGUCGCAGGUUUCGGACUCGGAGAUCCGAAUAUCUUGGAGGUUGCCCACGAUCAGCCUCUACGCGGGAUUCGGCUCUCUCGAAGCUGCACGAAAAGCUGUUGCCGCCGCUGACGGGUAUGACUGGGAUGGCUACUGGAUCACCGCGUCCGUCUACGAUGGUUUCCCGGUCGUUGGCGAACACAACGUACGCUUUAGUGGCCUUCCGCCUGACGUCAAGCACAAGCUCGUCCGCAAGCGAUUUCACUGUGGAAAGGGGGACCUCAACACUGAUAAGCCCACGCAAGCCCUGCGCGAUUUCGGGAUACCGCAAGUGGAGAAACGCGUCAAAGACUUCGGACCUGUCGUCGACUUCCACGUGGCUCCGUCGCCGUAUAAGGAUGGUAUCGUCAGGGCAUGGUGCCGGUUCGAGACCUCUGACAUCGCGGGCGUGGCGCGCGAGCUCAAUGGCAUUCCACAAGUCAGUCUAGACUACCGAAAGCUCACCGUGUGGCGGAUACACUCCCUGAAGUACCCGAUAAAUCGCAACGUGUAUGGCUACAUCGGCGAGGAGAUCAAGAAUCUCCGUGAGGCGACGUGGCGUUUCCGCCGAGGCUGCAACAUCCGCAUCUUUGAUCGCGACGCGUGGCAGGAUAAAGUUACCAUCGAGAUCAGCGCCGAAGACAGUAAAAGUCUGCAGGAAAUUAGGGCACGACUCGUUGACAUCGCGCAAGGCAGGAUCAUCAUGGACGGCAACGUCCCGCUCUGGGAUCGGUUCUUUUCCACGUCUUUCGGCACGGAGUGGAUGAACACUAUUCGUAAAGCCAACCCAACGGUCUUAAUCAUCAUCCGCAAGCUUCAGGCUUUCAUCCGUGUUAUUGGCGCCCCGGAAAAGCGCUCAGGCGUCAUCGCUACUAUACGCGAACACGUCGCUUCUCUGCGAGGCCAACCGGUCCAUACCGUACCACUCCCCGGCUCGCACUUUGGACUUUUCAUGCAUCCUGCUCUCCUCGCAGCGCGGGAAAGGCAUGGCACUGAUAACCUCUGGCUUGAUAUCCAACACCGUCAGCUCUGCGUCCGCGGCGACGAGACGAUGUAUAAGGACGUUCAGUCAGCCGUGCACACUGCCAUGAAAGCUCACCCGCGACACCUUCCGCGCGACCGCUGUCCUGUAUGCUUCGACAUCCCGACGUCGCCGGUUGUUCUGUCAUGCGGGGACACGUAUUGCACAGACUGUCUUGCGAGCUAUUUGGCUGCUGGUACCGAAACGCGACAAUUUCCGCUGGUGUGCUUCGGCGCCGAUGGGAAGUGCAAGGAGCCCAUUCCGCUCGUGGUCGCGCGAGACGUUUUACGGCCUGCGCAGUGGGAGCAACUCAUCGCUGCUGCAUUCAAUGCCCACAUAGCGGCCAGGCCGGACGAGUUUCGCUUCUGCCCCACGCCGGAUUGCCAGCAGGUCUAUCGCCCCGGGGCGAAGGACAGUGUUUACAGCUGUCCGGCGUGCUUGGUUCGCAUCUGCCCAUACUGUGAUGUUGAAUACCAUGAGGGCAUCACCUGCGAUGACCGCACACACAAGAUCGACAGCGCAUUUGACGAGUACGUUCGCACGCAUGAAGUAAAGCAAUGUCCAGGUUGCAAGGCGCCCAUUGAACGGGCGGAGGGGUGUAACCAUAUGACGUGCACGCGCUGCCAUACACAUACAUGCUGGGAGUGUAUGGAGACAUUCGACAAGGGCAUCGGCAUUUAUGAUCACAUGCGCGAGGCUCACGGGAGUAUAGGGGUGUAG